CGCAGGGACCAUGCGCUCCCGUCCCUUUGCAGCGCCACGCCACUGAAUACAUUCUCGCCAUGGCAACCCGAGCCGUUUGCCCAUGGUCUGACAGUAACGCGUCUGGGAGGUCAGGAUCGGAUCAGAUCAGAGACAGUUCGAGCUUACGGAGAAGUAGGGGAAAAACGCACAAGAAGUUGCAGGCACGACGACAUCGAAGGUGUUCAAGCUACUUCCAGCCCCUUUGGCGUGAGAGCUUGCGCCACCAAAGCCGAGCUAGGAUAGCAGAGAAAGGGGAGUAG